AUGGUGGCUCUUGAGAAAGCAAAAGAUUUGGGCUAUGAUAAACUUUGGAUGGAGACUGAUUGCAAGACGGUAGUGCAAGCUUUUUCUAAUUUUUAUAUUGUUCCUUGGAAGAUUAGAUCUCGUUGGCUUUGGUGUAUUGAAUAUACUCGCUCGAUCGAGUUUAUGAUCUCUCAUGCUUUUAGAGAAGUCAAUUUUUGUGCUGACUUCCUUGCGAAUUUAGGCUUGUCAUUAGGAAGUUUUUAUUGGUUCCCUUUUGUUCAUUCCGUCCUUGUUAAGGAUUACUUGUUAGACAAGGAAGGUUUCAAUUUUGCAGCAUCAUACAAUAUAUUUUGGUUUACAUUUUGCAGCAUCAUACAAUAG